AUGUCGUCAGUCAUUGAUAUACCCUGCACGCGGAAGAACAACUCCGUCUUCUCGAAUGGCAGCUACCGGCGCGAAACGUCUGCCCUGCCCAUCAACGAGUCUAUGGUGCGAGAACGUCUCUCUGCAAGCCUCCGCGACAGCAUCAACUACCGCCGCAACACGCUCAAUACGGGCAGAGGUCGCCAGCCUCGCAGCCACCAGCCACACUCGCGCAGCAGCAGUAACAGCUCCAACUCCGACAGAAACGCUGCUCCUCCCGGCCGCGCAGGACGCAAUGCCCCUGACCAUGAGAGACGCAGCCGCCCCCCUCACACAUACACCCGUGCCUCCUCGAGCAGCUCCAGCUCCAGUCGCCGCAGCAGCUCCACGUCAAGCAACGAUGAUGAGAGUUACGCCUUCCACGCUCGGCUGGUCAAGGUUGGUUGCAGCGCGCACGGUGGUGAGUCUGCGGCGCUCUCGGAGUGCUGCGACACGGUGCGCGACACGGUGCAGCUGCUGGAGCGGGCGCAGCUGCGCACCAGCGACGGCGACGGCGGUGACGGCUUCUUCUGGCUCGACCUGCACGGUGUGCCGCCGCCGGCAGAACUGCACGACACGGGGAGCCGCGACGCACCCAUGAGCACGCUGUGGGCGGCGCUCGGACUGCAAGCGUCGACAGCGCACACACUCACAGAAGUGUGCGAACAGCGGCAGGCGCACCCGCGCCCCGCCCGCUGCUCGCUCGAUAACGUAUACGAGGAGGAGUUGGUCGGCCUCAGCUCCCCGGCUGACCGCGUGCUGCAGGUGGUGCCGGUGCAGGCAACCUCUGUAAAACGCACAUCUCGGGGCGGCGUGGCCGAGCCGACGCACUACGUGGCGCUGGAGCUGGCCACGCUGCUGACAUCGGUGCAGAUGUCAGCGGCGAUGAGCCAGGCAGUCUGGGAAACCGCGCUGCACUCGCGAGCUUCCUCGGCUGCCGAGUUCGCCAACGAGCCUCUGAACGACCUAACCUGGACGGACAGUUUUGCGCGCAGCAUACGCGGCCUUCCCGCCGCUGCUGCUGCCAUGAACCGACAUGCCUCCUCUGUCUCGUCCGCCAGCCUCCGCCAGGUCACGCAGGCGUCACUGCACGGUCAGGAGACGGCCGCAACGCCGCUCAUCACGUCUAUCUACGUCGUCUGCUUCCCCACAGGGUGUGUGACGUGGUGCCCCGCAAGCACGCUGGGACUCACCAGUGUUGACCGUUGUGCCCAGCACAGCGCUCCGGCAGCGGAGGGGCAACGACACCGGCGCAGAGCACCGCACGCGCCCCACGAGGAGGUGCAGUACGUAAAGUCGUGGGAGCAGCUGCAGGCCUCGGUGUUCAGUCGACUGCGGUACAUGACUCAGCUGAGCAAGGCCACCACCUCCCCCUCGCCGUACGCACGGCCCGCCUGCGCGUCGGGCGAGCUCUCGGCGCCACCGGUGAGCGCGUCCACGGGGCCGGUGCUGUGCACGUCCAUGUUUGUCUCGCUGCUUCUCUCCUCCGUUUGUUACGCCUACCUGCCGAACACUGUCAUGUUUCUGGGUGAGGUGGACACCAUCGACUCGAUGCUGCCCCUCAUUGAACUGGAUUGCGAGAGCGACCAGGCGGAUGCCCUGCGCCGCGUACUGCUGCUUCGCCGUCGCCUCGCCGUGCACAGGCGGCUGCUCUUUCAGAAGGUCUGCCUGUUGGAGGCGCUUGACCGGCCAACGAUGCACACAGUCGCGCGCUUCGUCCGGUCGCUCACGUCGUCGACGCGGACGGCAAGCGACGCUUUUGUUGGAAGUACUGCAGAUCAGUUCAAGAGUGCGCAACGAGGUGCAGCAGCAGCAGGAGGGGGCAGGGGAGGCGGAAGCAGCCCCAUCAGCCACAUCCAAACAGAGUUCCCGUGGACCAAUGCUGCAGAGGAGCUGAUAGGCGCCAGCACAGGAAACGGCAAAGGCUUUGAGGCCCUCGACACACGUGGCUCGGAUGGCGAUGCUCCGCCGAAUAAUUCAAGUGAGCACCACUCGGCCCAGCGAGCCACGCGAGGAGACGUCACAUCGCCACACCACAUAAUCACACCGCCGUCCCUCAACGCGAUCCACAAGAGCAUUAUGGGCGUUCUUCACAAUCUCGAAGCGGCGCGGACGGUGAUCGGGAACACAACUCUCAUCUACACCUCGAAGGUGAACUUCACCAACUCCCGCACCAGCGAAACAGCCGACUAUUACUCGCUGUUCUGCCAGUACGUCUUGCUCGUGCUGCUGCCACUGAACAUUGUGGCCUCGCAUUGGGGCAUGAACUGCCCGGUGCCCUUUAUGAGCGUGGAAGGCACAACACCAUUCUGGAGUAUUGUGGGCGUCAUAGCCUUCAUCAGCGUUGCCGGCACCAUAUUCCCCAUCUACGCUUACUUAACCCGGAAAAUCUACUUGAUAGCGUAA